UAAGUACGCGCAGCUCAGCAUUCAUGGUUUUCAGGCUCGCUGGGUCGCUUGAAAUCCGUUGCCAUGACAGUGUCGGCUCUCACCGGGCUCUCUAUGAUGAGUUUGCUCAGUCUGGGUUAUUUGUCCUGGGACUGGACCAGCCCGAAUCAGGUCGAGCAGCCGAACCAUCGGCGCCCUCACAUCAUAUUCAUCAUGACUGACGAUCAGGGCUUCAAUGACAUCGGAUAUCACAAUGCUGAUAUCCACACCCCAACCCUGGACAGAUUGGCUGCAGACGGAGUGAAGCUGGAGAACUAUUACAUUCAGCCCAUAUGCACACCAUCACGGAGUCAGUUCAUCACUGGCAGAUACCAGAUCCAUACGGGUCUCCAGCAUUCAAUCAUUCGCUCUCGUCAGCCCAGCUGUUUGCCCUUUGACCUCAGGACAUUGCCUCAGCGUCUACAGGACGUGGGAUAUUCCACUCACAUGGUUGGCAAAUGGCACCUGGGCUUUUAUAAGCAGGAUUGCCUGCCCACUCGCCGCGGGUUCCAAACGUACUUCGGUUCUCUGACGGGCAGUGUCGACUACUAUACAUACAAGUCCUGUGACGGCCCAAAGAUUUGCGGGUACGACCUUCACGAUGGUGAGAGAGUGGCGUGGGGUGAAGGUGGCCGUUACUCCACGCACCUCUACACCCAGAGAGUCCGAAAGAUUCUUGCGUCCCACGAUCCUUUAUCCCAGCCUCUUUUCAUUUACCUCUCUUUCCAAGCUGUCCACACUCCGUUACAGUCUCCGAGGGAGUACGUCUACCCAUAUAGGCGGAUGGGAAACAUCUACCGCCGUAUGUACGCCGGCAUGGUUUCGGCCGUGGAUGAGGCGGUACGGAAUGUGACGUACGCAUUGCGUAAGUACGGAUACUACAAGAACAGCGUCAUCAUCUUUUCCACAGACAACGGAGGGCAGCCUCUUUUUGGUGGGAGUAACUGGCCUCUACGUGGGAGGAAGGGAACGUACUGGGAAGGAGGUGUCCGUGGCAUCGGAUUUGUCCACAGUCCUCUUUUGAGGCGCAGGAAGAGAGUCAGCAGAGCUCUGGUCCACAUCACCGACUGGUACCCGACACUGUUGGGCUUAGCAGGUGGCAAUGUGUCCCAAACCGAAGGGCUGGAUGGAUACGAUAUGUGGGAAACCAUCAGCGAUGGUAAAGAGUCUCCACGCCUGGAGAUCCUUCAUAACAUAGACCCACUUUACAACUCCGCACGUCACGGAUCCAUAAAAACUGGAUUUGGGAUCUGGAAUACAGCCGUGCAGGCAGCUGUCCGGGUUGGAGACUGGAAGCUCCUGACCGGAGACCCCGGAUACGGAGACUGGACCCCUCCGCAGAUGCUGGGAAACUUCCCAGAAACCUGGUGGAGCUUAGAACGCCACGUGGAGCCGAAGAAAUCUUUGUGGUUGUUCAAUGUGGCCAAAGAUCCGUACGAACGCUACGAUCUUGCAGAGCAGAGGCCAGACGUGGUCAAACAGCUUCUGGCCCGAUUAGUGUUUUAUAAUCGGACUGCCGUUCCAGUGCGCUACCCUGCCGAAGAUCCCAGAGCGGACCCGAGCCGAAACGGCGGGGCAUGGGGCCCUUGGGCAGGGGAUGAUGACAACUGGGAGGCAUUUUACCUACGGAAAAUAAAAGUAAAAAAACAGAAGCGCAAGCUCUGCAAAAUGAAAUCAUAUUUUAAGAGACUUAAUAUGAAAAUUAUGUCCAACAGGAUAUGAAGUACAUCCUAUGUGAACAUUUUACAAAUGCUGCUGACAGUAACACACUAUUUUAGGACUUAUUUCUUCUUGAAACACAAAUUGAUUUGAAACGUUGUGACAAGAGAACUUAAGCAUCACUAACUCAGUUUAGUCACAUUGUUAAAUGAAUA